AUGGAGGCCUUAGAGAAAUCUUCUGUUGCUAAGAUUUUGUGGAGACACAGAAAAUCGAACAAAGAUUUUCAAGGAAGGAGGCUCUGCAAGUACCAAGGAAGCUGGUAUUACUACAACACUCUCCAAGCAGUCAUCAAUUUCCACAACAAUUUUCAGCCACAAGAGACCGAUAUAAUCCUUGCUUCUUCCCCAAAGUCCGGCACAACUUGGCUCAAGGCACUCACUGUCGCCCUCUUGGAGAGAUCUAAACAACAAGAUGAUGAUCCUCUCAACCAUCCAUUGCGGUCAGAUAAUCCUCAUGGCAUAGUACCAUUCUUGGAGAACAAUCUGUACCUCAAAAGCUCAACACCGGACCUAACCAAGUACUCAUCAUCCCCGAGGCUGUUUGCGACUCACAUGCCUUUGCACACCUUGAAAGAGGGACUCAAGGGUUCUCCUUGCAAGAUUGUGUUCAUGUGCAGGAACGCAAAGGACGUGUUGAUAUCUAUGUGGUAUUUCGUGUGCAAGUAUCAGAGAGUUGAAGCGAGUAGAAGCAUUCUCGAGUCGUUGUUCGAGUCGUUGUGCAGUGGAGUCACCUUCUACGGUCCCUUUUGGGACCAAGUCCUCAGCUACUGGAGAGGCAGCUUGGAAGAUCCGAGUCGUGUCCUGUUCAUGAAGUACGAGGAAAUGAAAGAAGAGCCUUAUGCUCAGCUCAAGAGACUUGCGGAGUUCUUAGGUUGUCCUUUCACCGAGGAAGAAUUAGAGAGCGGAUCUGUGGACAUGAUCUUGGAGCUCUGCUCCCUGCGUAGCCUUAGCGACUUGGAGAUCAACAAGUCCGGAAAAAACGUCAACGGCGUGGAUUACAAGUUCUAUUUCCGAAAAGGAGAAGUCGGUGACUGGAAAAAUCAUCUCACUCCGGAGAUGGAGAGCAGAAUCGACAUGAUCAUUGAGGAGAAACUGGGAGGUUCAGGUUUGAGUUUCUAAGAGUAUUUGCUGUUGUUGUGUGCUUCUAUUUAUUAUGAACGUAAUAAGAUUCUCUGAUUUUCUAUCAUUUCUGUUGUUGUGUUUCUAUUUAUUAUGAACGUAAUAAGAUUCUCUGGUUUUCUUCAGUUAUUGGAUAAAGUUUUUACGUUGUACAAAAAAACAAAAUUUAUUUGACAGCUGUGGGAUUUGAACCCACGCCCUUGCGGACCAGAGCCUAAAUCUGGCGCCUUAGACCACUCGGCCAAACUGUCUUGUUGCACUUUGUCUAAGAGUAUUUUAUUAGUCCGUAUCGCAUAUUUCUUUCUUUCUUUCCAUUUACUUGGGGAAGAAGAUUGUAAUCUGAAGACUUUGUAAUCUGAUACAAAACGAGGUUCUUUCAGUGUUGAACAAGCACCAACAUGUAAUUUGGAUACAGCAUGGAGAAAAAGAUUGUAUCAAUGUGUUAAUCAAAGCUCUCACUACCAUGAUAGAUUAACUUUCUGGAGCUCACUAUUUAUUAUACUUUAGGCAAAAAGUUAUCAAUCCUACUUAUUUUGACUAUGUAGGACGAUAACAUUUGGUCAAGAGAUAUCAUUGCUACAGAGUAUUAAGUUGGAGUUGUUGUUGUUACCACCUCUCACCUACUUUGUCAGAACGUGUGAGCAUGAGUUUGUGAAGGUAUAGUUAAAUUUAAUAUAUUAUAUGGAUUUGUAAUUAACCGACAAUAGAGGCUACUGAGCAAGAUGCAAGCAAACACAAUCAAACAUCAGAAAGCUUUUUUUAUCUAUUAGUUAUAGAAAAGAAGAAACCAAUACAGACAUGUUUGUUUCUCUAGGACGAGAGUACAAACAACCGUCACUCACUCAUAAAAGAAUUCAUUAUUACUUUUUGAACUCAUAACAACAACAAAGAGGUUUUUAAAGCAAAUCUUCGAAUUGAAUCAGAGAGAGACUGACGAACGACUCUUUCUCUCCCCCACUUAAGCAGAAAGAGGAGCAGCGCUCAAGAGAGACUUGGCUGGUGAGACCAAAGCAACACCACCGUUCUCCACUUUAGAGUACUUCUUGUACACAGCACGUAGCCUGCUCUCUCCGCAUCUUGAAUGAUGUAAAGCUAGAAGCUUUGAGCAUUCCCUAUAACACACAACAACAAAGAACAAAGCAUAUAAGUGUCUGCAACUAAUAGACAACAAACAAAAACAGAUACUUGCAAGU